AUGGCGUUUGACAGCGCCCUUCCCGGGCCGGCUCCUAGAAAGGGAGUCUUGGGAAAUGCCUUUUGGCAACGAUCCUCCAACAGAAAACUUUUGAUGUUGAUCCGCCUCGCCGUUCUAGCCCUGCUUGUUUGCUACCAACAUACCUUUAUCCAGCCAGCUGAAGCUAUCAAGUUCGUUAGCCGAAAGCAGUGGGGGGCGAAGCUUGUAAAGUCCUCAAUGUCACCCGUGGGCAAUCCAAAAGGCGUCAAGAUCCAUUACACUGGCGAAUAUAUCAGCAAGGGAAGCCACUCCAAAUGCGCAGGAAAAACGAGAGCGAUUCAAACCCAACAUCAAAAUGACAAGGCGAACGGCUGGGGUGACAUUGCAUACACGCUUGCGGUCUGCCAGCACGGCUGCGUCUUCGAGGCUCGUGGCGCCAAGUACCGUACUGGAGCUAACGGUAAUGCGGAACUGAAUAGAAAUCACCAAUCCGUUCUCGCAUUAGUCGGCUCCGCGGGAGACACAACACCCUCAAAGGCAAUGAUCCAAGGUAUCAAGGACGCGGUUACCUACCUGCGCAGUGGAGGAGGCGGAGGAGGAGGAGGAGGAGGUGGUGGUGGUGGUGGAAGAACCCCAAAGCCACCCAAAACCAAAUACAUCAAGUUUCCAGGGGCUUCGUGGUUCCACUGCAAGCCAAGGAGCAGCAUCAUCACGGCAAUGGGUAAGCGCCUGGUUGCUGAGGGCUGCAGCGCGUAUAAGGAAGGACCAGGACCACAGUGGACUGAUGCGGACCGCGCAUCGUACAAGAAGUGGCAGCAGAAGUUGGGAUAUACGGGCAAGGAUGCUGAUGGGUGGCCUGGAAAGACAAGUUGGACUAAACUGAAAGUUCGGAAAUAA